AGGUGUUAUGUCAAGAGACCCAAUCUUCCUCGCUGAGAUCCAGAAUCAAACGGUGUCAGAGGGAAGGAACGUCCGCUUCGCCUGUAGGGUUGACAACCUCGGGACACAUAAGGUGGCGUGGAUCCACUACGAGAACUCGGCCAUCCUGACGGUGUCGAGUCACGUGAUCACCCGUAACGAGCGGAUCACCGUCACCAGAGACAAGCACCAGAAGACCUUCUACCUCCACAUUAAUGACGUCAGAGAGACGGACACCGGCAAGUACAUGUGUCAGAUCAACACAGCCUCCGCCAUGACCAUCGCUGGAUACCUCACUGUUGUUGUUCCGCCUGACAUCGUCGACCAGGAGAGCUCAGGCGACGUCAUAGCACAAGAGGGUAAUGACAUCAAGCUCAGGUGCCGAGCGAGAGGUUCACCCAAGCCCACCGUCACCUGGAAACGGGAAGACGGUCAGAAUAUUAACGUCAACAAAUCUACAACAGUGUUGGAGUAUGAGGGCGAGGUGCUACGACUGAGCAAGGUCAGCAGGAUGGACAUGGGAGCCUACCUGUGUAUAGCCUCCAAUGGUCACCCGCCCAUAGUCAGCAAGCGAAUCCUCGUCAGCGUCGAUUUUCCGCCAAUGUUAUGGAUCCCUCACCAGCUGAUCGGGUCGGCUAGGGGCAAGACGGUCGUACUCGAGUGCUUCACAGAGGCCCACCCGACCUCCCUAAACUACUGGACCCGGGGGGACGGCAACAUGAUCUACGACUCAGACAAGUACCACAUCGAGAACCGGAUCGGGAACCCCGAGUACAAGAUCCACAUGCUCCUGACGGUACGGUACCUGACGGAGCACGACUUUGGUACGUACCGAUGCGUAGCGAAGAACCCGCGGGGAGAGACUGACGGUACGAUCAAGAUCUAUGACUCCGGCCCGCCGCCUACUACGGUCCUGCCCCUCACCACAGAAGUUGAGAUGUUUGAGAUAAUCAACAAUCAGAUUUGGGACAAGUCCGAGAAUCGAACUCGCAAGCGGCCCAAUCCCCAAGCUGUAAGUGGCCAGAACGGAGAAGAGGUGGAGGACCCCUUGGUGGUUCAGGAGCCGAGUCUCAACCUUCCAGCUGUUGGCCCAAGCUCUGCAUGUCGCAGACUUCCGUGGAGGAUGGACCUCCGUGUGUUAGUGGCAGCGGUGUACCUUCUGAGGGACCACAUCUUCUGAAACACGUCUCCUGCUGACCCGAAGCCUACGUUCCUUCUGCAGCAGUUCCCUUCUGCGUGCUCUGGCGAGACUUCUUGCGACGCAUCCGCAAAGGAUUUACCUCACCGAUGACGGUCCAGCCACUCUGAUAUGACCAGGUGACUCAUCGUAAACAAAGGGCCCAGCCAGUAACAGCGACGAGGUGCCAGCAAAUAAUGUGAAAUGUGUUCACACCUUCGCAUCUAACCGUCUUGGUUAUCGAAAACCGAACGGAACGUACAGGAGGCAUCUGUGUACGAUAUGAAAAGUGUAAACUAAUGACCUCAUUGGCUAUCGUCUAGCAAACGAAUGACCUCAUUGGCAACAAGCUAAUAAACGAAUGAACUCACCGGCUAUCGCUCAGCUAACCAGCAGAGGAGACAACAAUAUGUGACAUGCGUCAACAAACCCUACUAGCCAUCGCUCAACCAAUUACGAAGCACGGUUAACAUAAAUGUAUGUGUGAGUUGUCAUAUAUUGCAGUAUGCUGAAUCUAAAUGGAAUAAUAUUGUUAUGUAGGAAAAAUGAUUAUUAGACAAUAGUUACUAGGCAACUAGAAAUAUGGUAGAGGAAAAUAUCUCGUGUUUCGAAUACAAAAACACAUUCGCACGAACGAUUUCAUCCAACAAUCUAACAACUGCUAACAAACGAGAGAUUAAUGAAUUUCGGCAAAAAAAUGUGUUUAAAAGAUAUAAUAAUUGCGUUUAGUGAAAGAACAAAUUAAUGAGAAUCUGCUAUUAAUAGCAGUAAUAAAUAAGGAUGAAAAUAGAACCUUUGAAAUCUCUACUGAAUGUGAUAAUUCUCUUCCCUAGAACUUCCUGGAAUCCUGAACGGAGAAAGUAUAUUACGGAGUCAAAAAUUAAUAGCAAAGUUGUGUUUGAAUAACUGAUCGUUCGAUGGUUAUUAUAUUGAUAUGUACAUAACAUUUUGUAAUUUGUACACUAUAGCCCAUCCCUAAUUGCUUAGGUCCCCCACCAUAAGUGAAGGUGUUGUUAUUGGAUAGUUAGAGGUGAAUGUUAUUGUAUAUAAUAAUUAUAUGCAGAGAAUAGCAAACUAGCGUAGCAUACUCGAGUUCGUUAUGGAGAGAUUGUGUCGUCUAAGAUGACGAUGCUGGGUUUUGAAGUAUAUACAUGCUUAAACGGGUGUUUUUGUGUAUGUUUCUGCGUUUGUGUGUGAUUGUGUGUGAACGGGAGUGAGCACGCUUAUGUUGGUGAAUAUGUUUAGUUGAUAUAGCCUUUAAAUAUCUACUAAAGCAAAACAAAACACAAAGGGAACGGGGGUGUGGGGUAGUACGUCGGAGCACGGAAACAACAUUAAAAGGGACCUAAAAAUCUCCUCUAAUGUCUUAUGUGUGCUUUUCUCCGAGGCUAUAGGUCCCCAUCUUACAGCAAGAGGUGGUACACCUUUUCUCUCUCUCUCAUAUAACAACGAUCACAAAAACACUGAUCCAUGUGGAAAAACCACAUUUGAAGAAUUGGAGAAUGCUGAACGCGUUUUUGGCUCAAUUUGCCAUCAUCAGAGCAAGAUAGAGAGUACUCUCUAUCUUGCUCUGAUGAUGGCGAAUUGAGCCAAAAACGUCCUCAGCAUUCUCUAAUUCUUCAAAUGUAUUAAU